AUCCGCAUAUGGCGAAAAUUGUUUAUGACGUCGAAGAUAUGGCUUGUGGUGGGACGUUGAUUGAUAAACGUUUCGUUCUUACUGCGGCGCAUUGCAUAAUAACGAGGGACAUGAAACCUAUAAAAGUUAUUUUGGGUGUUACUGACUUCAAUGAUACAGAGCAAUGGCAAGGCCGACUGGAGAUAGAUAUCAAAGCAACCUACGUGCCACAGAACUAUUCGAGUUUUUCUCAUUACUUCGACAUUGGAUUAAUUGAAUUGGCCAGUGAUGCCGUUUUUAGUGUUAAGGUUUAUCCAAUAUGCCUGCAUACUGAUCCAACUGAUUUGCCCGAAAACACGGAAAUAAUUGUGACUGGUUGGGGACGCACCGAAAGUAACAGUCUAUCAAAACACUUAAUGGCGGCCAAAAUGAAUCUGAUACCGCUGCCAGAAUGCAACGCAAAAUUAGAAUAUUACAUUGAUCGUCGCUUACGUCAUGGUAUUGAUGAGACACAGCUGUGUGCUCUGGCACCAGGGAAAGAUGCCUGUUGGGGCGACUCUGGUGGGCCACUGCAGAUAAUUAACGAUAAAGCCUACACAGUGGUGGGUGUAGUUUCAUUGGGCGGAGGUUGUGGAAAAAAUGUACCGGGUAUUUAUACCAGUGUGCCAAAAUUUUUGGAUUUUAUUGAAAGUAUUGUAUGGCCUGAAGGAUGAUGGAUGAUAAACGAGCUGACCUGACCCUAAAUUAGAAAUAAAAUUUUAUUAAAAAUUAUAAGGAAAUGUUUUUCACUUAAGAGAUUGCCGUCAGUGCGAAGCUGUGACUGCCGGCAAAAAUCGAAAAAUUUGUUAUUUUGUAUAUAAUCGAAUUUAUUGUCAUUUAAAAAGAAAUGUAUUAAAUAUUAAAAUUCUGUUA